AUGGCGUUAAGGGGUGUAUCUCUGAAGGCGAAAGGAAAGAGCUCGAAGGGUUCAAAUGGAUCGGAGGAUCGUUCCUUAAGCGAGAGCGUGAAGGAGUGGUCGACAUGGGCGAUGAGGAAGGCCAAGAUUAUCACCCACUAUGGAUUCAUCACCCUCGUCAUAAUCAUCGACAUGAACUCCGAACCAAAACCCCAACUCUCUCAGCUUCUCAGCCCUAUUUGAUUCUUCAUCUCAACGA